AUGCCUGUUGGUUUCUGCUUGGUUUUGUUACUCAUAAUAGUAUUGGUACCUGCUGUAUUGAUACCUUUUUGGGUCCAUAAGGUCAAAAUAAUUGAAGGGGAGAUUAAGGUGUAUAAUGUACAGGAUGUUCUACAACGCGAUUAUCAUAAGAACAUUAAAUUUGGAUUUAUGUUAAUUAUCUUAAUGAUAGUUGUUUUGGCUGUAUCCAUAGUUACUUUUGUUAUACUAACAGUAAGAGCAGCAAGAAGAGAAAUGUAUUUGUGUUCUGCACUUAUAAAGCAAAUGGAAGCAACUCAACAAGCUGAGAGGAAGAGUAUGAAUAAAAGUACUGCGUCUGCUCGCGCAAAUCAUGAUGUUAGAGCUUCUCUUGCUGGAAUAAGUGGAUUAAUUUGGAUGUGUCGCGUUCAGGCUUCACCUCAAUCUGAAUUGGUGAAGUAUUUGGAUCAUAUGGAGUCUUGCAAGAAUGAUCUUUUAGACAUAUUGAAUUCGAUUCUUGACGAAAACAAGAUUGAAGAAGGGAAGAAGCAGCUUAAAGAAGAAGAAUUCAACAUGGAAGAGUUACUAGAACAUGUUGUCAACAUCUAUUACCCGAAUGGAGCAAUGAAGAAUGUCGAUGUGUUACUAGAUCCAUGUGAUGGUUCUAUCGCGAGAUUCUCUCGUGUUAAAGGAGACAGGAUAGAAUUGCAAAGGAUCUUGAAUAACCUGUUGCAAAAUGCAGAUAAAUUUACAUCAGAAGGACACAUUACUCUUCGUGCUUGGGCUCGAAAACCUGGUUUUGAGGAAAGUUCCACUCUGAAUACAAGUAACUCUAGCAUUGGUUGUAUGCCAUGUUUACGUUUACAGAACGAUGAAUCUUCUGCAGAAGUGCGAGUACUGAAUAGAGUUCAGCAAGAUCCUAACUGUGUGGAGUUCAUAUUCGAGGUGGAUGAUACAGGGAAAGGAAUUCCGAAAGAGAAACAGAAGUCAGUUUUUGAGAAUUAUGUUCAAGUGAAUGAUCAGACAACUUCUGUUCAUGGAUCACAAGCAGGCACUGGCUUAGGCCUCGGCAUUACUCAGUCGUUGGUUCGUUUAAUGGGAGGUGAGAUAGGUAUCGUCGACAAGCAAAUUGGUGAAAAGGGCACUUGCUUCAGAUUCAACAUUUUCCUCAUAGCAAGUGAUCAACCUCAACUUCAAGAACAUCAAGCAAUUAGUGUUAAUUGUGCAAAAGAAGAAGAUUUAGAGUCUCAAUUAGGAGGAGAUUAUAUAUCUAAUGACUCUUAUUAUCAUUCAGUAGCAAGUGAUAACAGUAUCACUAGUCAUCAAAAAUCCAAUGUCAUUCUUUUCAUUAAGGAGGAAGAAAGAAGUCGAGUUCUUCGUAGAUUCAUGAUGAAUGUACUUGGCUUAAAGGUACAUGUUGUGAAUCGACACGAGCAGUUUCCUCAAACUCUCAAGAAAGUGAAAGGCAAGAUAACCAACUCCUCCUCGUCCUCGUGUAAAUCAAAGGAAAUUCCCCUCAGUGCUCUAGAUGGAACAGAUAUCGAUAUCUCAUCAUUUCAGAGGAGAGGCAGAGGACUAAGAUUCAUCUUGAUCAUAAUUGACACAAGUGAUGGACUAACUCGAGAAAUGAGUCGUGCUAUGGCUGAGUUACGAAAGGACUUCCCUAAGAAUGUGUCUCUUCGUGUUGUUUGGAUUGAUAAACCAGGUGUAGAUGAGGAUAAGCUACCUUCAACAGACAUAGUCAUAACAAAACCACUACAUGGUUCUCGUUUAUUUCGUGUCCUCAAAUUUACACGAGAAACAAAGGACGAAACAACUUCAAGAAUCAAGACUCAACAACAUACAUUAGUACAAGAUGUUUCUGUUGAUGUUAACGGACAUUCUAGUAAGAAGUUACCUUUAACAGGAAAGAAAAUCUUGGUGGUUGAGGAUGAUAGGAUGUUACUUAUGAUUUGCAAAACCGCGGUUUCUAAGCUUGGUGCAACCACUUACACAUGUAAAAAUGGUCAAGAAGCUCUAGAUGAAGUGUGCAAAGGCCUUAGUGAACAACGCGAUAUAGGAUCAUCCACUCCUUCACCACCAUUUGAUUAUAUUCUAAUGGAUUGUGAGAUGCCCGAGAUGGAUGGAUUUGAAGCAACGAAAUGUAUUAGGAAAGAAGAGGCGCGAUAUGGAAUUCGAAUACCUAUAAUAGCUUUCACAGCACAUACAGAAAAGGAAGAGACAGAUAAGAUUUUUCAAGCUGGAAUGGAUUAUUACUUACCUAAAGAAAGCAAAGGUGAAGAGAUUUUGAAAGCCAUAGAUUUUAUAGAACAUACAAAGGUUUAA